AUGUUUUCAUCAGUGUACCUCUAUGGUAUCUGUUCAUUAAUUUUGAUUGAAGCUGUACAGUCAAGUUACAACGUUUUUACGUACAAAGGUGAUGGCGGCGACGGCGACGACGAACAUUGUUGUCUUGUGCAAUUAGAUGAUAAAUUUUGUUUGGCACAAGUAUUAACCAAUAGUUUAAUUCAAGUUGAUCGAGAUUGUCAACGUCUCAAUGCGAAUGAUAAAAGCAAAACUUAUCUAAAUAAAGUCGUUCGUCGAUUGCCUGUUGUGUCGUCCGAGAAAGUUGGCGACCAAAUAUUAAUCGAAUUAGAAAAACCAUUAGAUAGAGAUAUCCUCAAAAACGACCUCUUAUGUUUAACAACGGAGAAUAAUAAUAAUAAUAUCAACUUACAAAAAUGUCAUAUUAUCCUAGCUAAUGUCGAACGAAAAAGUAGCAAACGAAAAACAAAAAAUGAAACCGCAAACGAAUCGACUAACGAUCAGCCUGAAGUUCAAAGCGUAGAUAUUGCAGAAGCAGUGCAAAUUUAUCAAGGUCAAGGCGUAGCUGUUCGUCAAACAUUUCAGUUAGAUUUAGUUGACGUUGAGCCUAAGAGUCGAGAGGAACGUGAGUAUUGGUCAUGGUAUCGUACAAACACGAAAAAAAUCUGCAAUCAACCGCAAAAGACGAAGAAAACCUGCAUACCAUAUACUGAUCAAAAUGCAAACUAUCUUCGACAAAUUUUCAAUUCUACAACCAAUGAAAAUGAAGAAUUCUCUCUGCCAUUAACAGUAACCAAAGGAUCGAAGUUAUUUUGUGAAAAUAAUAACCAACAAACAAGAUUACUUGGUUAUUAUCAAAAGAGUCGAAUAUGUUUUCAAGCAACUCAUCAAAUAUAUAUCGAACAUGACUUUACCGAUUUUGUACGUUUGUCCAAUGUGAAAAGUAAUCAACGAGUGCUUCAGUUCAUCUCUAACAAUUCAAAACUAACCAAUCAAUACGAGCAGGAUUGUAAGGAUAAAACCACAUUAGCUGAUAUAAAGAAAGCGCUGGAACAAGAAGCUGAAGCGAAAUCUGCAGCUAAAGCCGCAGAGGAAGCAAAGAAGAAGGCAAAGGCGGAAGCCAAAGCCGCUAAAAAAGCUGCUGCGAAAGCUGAAGCUGAAGCGAAAGCUGCGGCUAAAGCAGCUGCGAAAGCUGAAAAGAAAUCUAAAAGAGAGAAAGUUGAAGUCGAAGCCGAAUCUGCAGCGAACGCCGAAGUCAAGGCAGCUGAACAAGAGACUGGCUCGUCAACAUAA